UAGCGAUUUUGGAUUAAAUUCUGAUAAAUUCUGCACGUGUUUUCAUCCAAAAAUCCCAAAAACUGACAAGCGUUUCGUUUAAGUUUUCUACUAGUAAAAAAAGUGUUAAACUAUUUAUAACAAAUAUGAAAGUGAAAAAAAUAAGGCCAGAAUCCAAGUCAAGUCUUAAGACUGCAGUGAAGAAUGUACAAAAUAUUUUAAAGAAAACUACGAAAAAGAGUAAAAAAUUAACUGAAAAAGAUGAUACCCUUGAGACUCCAAAAAAAGAAAUAAAUGAUUCAACAGAAAAAUUGCCAGAAGUGGAACUCCAGUACAAUUCUAAGGCAGGCGUUAUUUAUAUAGGACAAAUUCCUCAUGGAUUUUAUGAGGAUGAAAUGAAAGGUUUCUUUUCACAAUUUGGAAAUGUUCGCCGAGUUCGGCUUGUUCGAUCAAAGAAGACAGGAAAGAGUCGAGGAUACGGUUAUGUAGAAUUUCAAACUCCUGAAGUCGCAAAAAUAGCAGCAGAAACAAUGAAUAAUUAUGUUAUGUGCGGUAGAUUGUUACGAGUGUCUUACAUACCUCCCGAGAGACAACAUUUUGGCUUCUUUUUCGGAAAGAAAAUUACACCAACUUCAUAUCCCCGAUUGGAGAACAGAAAUAAAGUGAUAAAAUUGAAUCGUGCGCCAAUCACCGAAACGAAACAGAAAAAACGUGUAAAAACAUCAUUAAGAAAACUUUCUGUCUUAGAAAAGAAACUCAAAGACAAGGGUAUUAAUUUCACAUUCAAACCAGUUGAUCUUCCAAAAAGUAAAUAGGUAUUAUUUAAUCUCUAUGUAAAUAUAGUUUAUCGAGUUGACAAUUUUUUUUCGAUCAUAAAUUAACUUUUUUUUCUUUAUUACAAAAGAAGUGAAACAAAAAUGAAAGUAAAUAUUUGUCAAUAUUUCAAGAAUGUAAUAUUUUCGCAUUAAAAUUUAUGUGCGUAAGGAUAAAUGACAUUAAACGAAUAAAUCAUGUUUUUAUA